AUGAAGGGCACUGCUGUUAUCAGAUGGACACUCCUGGGCUGGGCUGCCGCUCAACGCAGCCCCGGAGAGUCUAAUGCUAUCGUUUCAUGUGAAGGCGACUUUCAGCCGAUUUCUGCUAAUAACUUUAUAUCCGCCAUGAACCCAGGCUGGAACCUCGGGAAUACGAUGGACGCAGUUCCGAAUGAGGGUAGUUGGAACAAUCCACCUGUGAUCGCGUCAACUUUUGACGACGUCAAAGCCGCCGGAUUCAAGAGCGUGAGAAUCCCAGUGACAUAUGCGGACCAUUUCACGGGGAAAUCUCCUGACUGGACGAUUGACCCAGCAUGGCUUAAGCGAGUCUCCGAGGUAGUGGAUAUGGCUUUGGACAGAGACUUAUAUGUGAUCACGAAUAUUCACCACGACUCUUGGGAAUGGGCUGAUGUAACAGCACCCGAAGCUAAUGUUACAAUGAUUGAGGAGAAGAUAUACAGUGCCUGGCUCCAAAUCGGGGAAACACUUGGAUGCAGAUCUUCCAGGCUGGCUUUUGAACCAAUCAACGAACCCCCGACGAAUUCGGCUGAAGAUGGGUCCAAAAUAAAUAGAAUGAACGAGCUGUUUCUAAAGGCCCUUGCCGACUCCGGAGGAUUUAAUACACAACGUGUUGUCACAUUGGUUGGAGGUAGUAUGGAUAGCAUUAAAACUUCAAACUGGUUUAAGGCUCCGGCUGGAUAUUCCAAUCCUUGGGCUAUUCAAUAUCACUAUUAUGGUCCUUAUGACUUCAUAUUCCAAGCUUGGGGCAAAACUAUAUGGGGAUCCGACGCAGACAAGGAGAGUCUUGAAGCUGACUUCGCAAACAUCCGAGGAAAUUUCACCGACGUGCCACUGGUUAUUGGCGAGUUUGAGGCUAACACAUUAUUGGAACCAGCUGCAAGAAGGAAGUAUAAUGACUUUGUAGCACGAACUGCUCGAAAAUAUAACACAUCCAUUAUUCUCUGGGAUAACGGCGAUGGCGCUUUAGAUCGUGCCACCCAUACUUGGCGUGACCCUUAUGUCAUUGACAUUAUCAACAACGCCGUACAAGGGGUGUCGAACAGCUUAUCGGAUUCAACAACUGACGGGUCUGCUAAAGAACAAUCUAGUUCUGCUUAUAUAUUUCAUAAAGCAGGCGAGGAUGUUACGGAUCAAACCGUAAAAUUUAUAUUGAAUGGAAACAAUAUCAAAUCCAUCCAGACAUCAGAUGGGAAAGUCCUCACGGCUUCGAGAGACUACUCCAUGGUGAACGACGCUGUUACAAUAAGAAAGGCUUUCUUAUCGGAGUAUUUGUCCCCGACAGCCGAUCCAGGAAGCAAGGCAAAUAUCACUGUAUCGUUCUCCGCUGGUGCAGAGGCAACUGUCGAGAUUGUCCAAUGGGACCUACCUAUAUUAGGAUCAACCACUUCACAGGCCGUGUCAGGGUCUGAUAUCCGAAUUCCCAUCACUUGGAGAGGACUAUACAAGCUAGCUGCCGUGAAGAUGUUACGAGACGACGGUGUUUACUUAUUCGAUGACUGGACGCAAUAUUUGGGCCCUCUUCAGCAGGCUAGAGGGACUUAUAACAGCCACUGGGACAGAGACGGUUCACACGUCAUGUUGAAAGAAGCUGUAAUUUCACAGGUUAUUACAAGCAAAGUAUCCACAACUUUUACAUUUGAAUUGUAUCCAAGAGUGGAAGGAAAUACUGUUAAUUAUACGUUAACAAUAUAA